AUGAGAGCCAAUAGAAAACUGAGCUCAAAUCACCCCAAUAAGUCGUUUUCCACAACUCCAAAACCACUUAAAACCAUAAAACUACACCAAAAAAACCAAGAAAUAAAAAAUAGUCCUGUAACCCAUGCUCAAAACUUGGUUAAUAACUGUAAAGCUCUUCAGAAGAAACUUGCAGCAAUAAAAGACAGCUUCAGUCAAAACCAAGAAUUCGGGUCUUACUACGUUAGUAAGAUUCUUUCACAAGAUUACGAAGAGCCCAAAACUUUUUAUAAAUUUGACAAGGCAUAUUUGCUCGGAAAGGCGAAAAUUGCUCACAAAAAAGAAGCCCAAGAGCAAGAUAGAAAAAAGCAAGAAUUAAUACCUCUCACAUGAAAUAAAUUUGAAAAGCUUAGCAAAGGGUUUAAAAAGCGUGAAUUUGGGAAAGUGAAACCAAUUAUUGAUGAAAAGCAUCGACGUCCUGAUUUGUUUUUAUCAAGGUUAAAUAUAACCAUAACAAGUGAAUCUCCACCGAGCUCAAAACUUACAGGGCAUAAAUAUCAAGAAAAAAGAGAGCCAACCCUAAGUAUUUUUAAAAGAAAAAUGAAGAGACCAGUAACGGCAAGUCUUAAAAAUGAUAUUGUAUCAACUGAUUGUACGGCUCCAGAUAUGGCUGAAAAUCUUUCCACUCAGGCUACUGAAGAGAGCAAAACAGAAACCGAAAAAUUAUUGUUCAAAGAUUGCGAAAAUUUAAGGAGUUUUGAUCAUCAGAUGAAUUUGGAGCAGCUGGUCAGAGUGAAAAUAAAGCAAUUGAUUCAUAAUACAAAUGGAAAUCUACCAUUAAUAAAAAUAAACAAUCGUUUAGUGUAA